AUGAGUGUCCUUGCGAAUCUGCGCGACACUAGUCGGCUGUUGGAAUGCGAUGCGCUGGAUUACGACCUCGAAUCAUCAUCAUCGUCAUCAACAGCAGCUUCGUCGUCGGCAAUUGCUCAGUCGCAAAAGCCACAGAUAAGCAAACCGGUCGACGAGGUAUCUCAGGAUGAGCUUGUCAAGCAGCUUGAAGGCAUUUUUCUCUCUCCUCCCGUUUCAUUCUCUGAUCAAUGGCUCAAUCUUCUCCAAACACCGCCAUCAAUGCCAUACGACACUCUCUACCACGAGCUAUUUGACAUCCCAUCCAGCCAAACACGAUCAACCACGCACUUCAUCCGCGCCGGCCUUGACGGCCGCAUAGUCGACUACGAAGAGCGAACAAGCGCACAUCCGCUCGACACCGACAGUGCCAAAAACUCGAGCUCGUUCACGCGCGCGCCGGCUGCGAAAGCAGAUUUUGUCCGCGGCCGAGCAGGGUUCGUGCCGUUCACGCCCGGAGGAUUGGAUCCCUCGAUCGCGACUUCGGCGGCGUCGAUCGCGGGUAUCGGAGGAGCCGGGAUCGUGAGGCACGAUGAGCACGGUUUGUUGAACACUGCACCGGGACUGCCUAGAGGACUUAAUAUCGCUACUGCUCCAGAGUUUAAGGAACGAAUUAUCGAUCUGGAGGAGUCUUAUGACAACGACUCGGCCGAGAUCAUCAUCGACGACUCCGCAACUCCAGCUCCACAGCGCGUCAUCGCCGACCCAGUUACGGGUGCCACAAUCGAAGUCAACGACUCUGUGAACCGCGACCUGAUUGAUGAUCUGCUGCCGACCGAAAGCAUAAAGUCACUGCUGGAGUCACCCUAUGGCCGCGCUGGGGAUUCGCGCAACCCGCGAGGCAAAGAAUGGGCGCAUGUAGUUGACGUCAACACCGACAUUGUCAACUUCUCAGAGCUUGUGCCUAAAAUGGCACGUGAAUGGCCUUUCGAGCUUGACAAUUUUCAGAAAGAGGCGGUUUACCAUCUCGAGCAAGGCGACAGUGUGUUUGUUGCUGCGCACACUUCGGCGGGAAAGACCGUCGUUGCUGAGUACGCAAUUGCAAUGGCUAACCGGAAUAUGACUAAAGCAAUCUACACAUCCCCCAUCAAAGCUUUGAGUAAUCAAAAGUUCCGUGAUUUUAGACAUACCUUUGACGACGUCGGCAUUCUCACCGGUGAUGUCCAGAUUAAUCCCCAGGGUAGCUGCGUGAUUAUGACUACCGAGAUCUUGCGCAGUAUGCUCUACAAAGGCGCAGAUUUGAUCCGUGAUGUUGAGUUUGUCAUUUUUGAUGAGGUGCACUACGUCAACGAUGUCGAGCGCGGCGUGGUAUGGGAAGAAGUCAUCAUCAUGCUUCCGGACCACGUCAAGCUGAUCCUGCUGUCAGCCACCGUUCCAAACACGCUUGAGUUUGCGAGCUGGGUCGGCCGCACAAAGAAGAAAGACAUCUAUGUGAUUUCGACUCCGAAACGCCCUAUCCCGCUCGAGCACUAUCUAUGGGCCAAGAACCAGAUGUUCAAAAUUGUUGACGCAAACAAGAAAUUUCUCAUGGAAGGCUGGUCGGAUGCUGAUCGCGCCGUCAACCCAGUAAAGGAGACUAAUCCCUCGCAGUCGCAGCAACAGCAGAAUAGUGCUCGAGGCGGUAGGGGUGGGGCCAGUGGUCGUGGAAAUCGCGGCGGCUCUUCGGCUGUGAGCAAUGCGCGUGUAGGCCGUGGUGGUUAUGGUGGCCGCGGUGGGUCAGGCGCUGGCAACAGAGGCGGGAAGUGGCCGAACAAUAACUUUGACAAGACUAUGUGGCUGCGUAUGGUGCAGACACUGUACAAGAUGAAGUUACAGCCGGUAGUCAUAUUUGUAUUUUCCAAGAAGCGCUGUGAAGAGUACGCCAACUCGUUAUCCGGAGUCGACUACUGCAACGCCAGCGAACGAGCGCAGAUCCACAUAUUUAUUGAAAAUGCCGUCAGUCGGCUUCGCAAGGAAGACCAGACUCUGCCGCAAAUUAUGAGGAUGAGAGAGCUUAUGUCGCGGGGAAUUGCGGUCCAUCAUGGUGGGUUACUGCCGAUUGUUAAAGAGGCUGUGGAGAUUCUGUUUUCAAAGUCGCUGGUCAAAGUGCUUUUCGCCACUGAGACCUUUUCUAUGGGCUUGAAUCUGCCAACAAGAACGGUUGUCUUUUCUGGAACGCGAAAGCACGACGGUCGUUCAUUCCGAGACUUGCUCCCGGGAGAAUAUACCCAGAUGGCAGGCCGAGCAGGUCGUCGCGGUCUCGACACGAUCGGAACUGUGAUCAUUGCGUUUCCGGGGACCGAGACGCCGAACGUGCAUUCGUUGAACCAGAUGAUUCUAGGCCCGCCGACCAAACUGCAGAGUCAGUUCCGUCUGACGUACAACAUGAUUCUCAAUCUUCUGCGGGUAGAAGCCUUGAAGGUAGAGGAGAUGAUCAAGCGGUCGUUCAACGAAAACGCAUCGCAGCAGAUGAUUCCUGAGCACGAGAAAAACGUCAAGCAGUCGGAAGCGACGCUGCGAAACUUCAAGCGCGAAGAAUGCGAUAUCUGUGACGCAGACCUGCAGGAGUGCCAUGACCUGCUGAUAGAGAUUCGCGAAUUGGUGCCCAAGAUGAUCGAGGCGAACUGUAAAGAUGCGGUGUUUCGCAGGACUGUGGAUCGUCGCCUCGCUGUGGUGCAGACCGAGGACUCGUCUAGGACGGUCUGUGUGAUUAUGGGCGUCAACACUCUUCGUCAGACGUUCCGCUGCUACGGACUGUUUCCGAAGGGUGGAGCUAGACGGACGAAGCAAAAGGUCGAGACCGAUCUUUUGCCGUGUAUUCCGGAGCUGAGUAAGGUCUUUUCGUUGAAUAAGAGUGGCGAAUUUGAGAAAUGGGCGCUCGUUGAGCGUGAUAUCCCAUUUUCAGCUGUCGAAUGUAUCACAGUCAACAGUACAGACAUCAAUCUAGACGAUCUCGUACGCAAAGAACGCACAGCAAUCACAAAGUUGAGAGAAUUUUUGCAAAAUGCAAUGAGAGGGCCACUUCCAGUUCCGAAACUGAAGCUGGGUAAGCGAGGAGGCAGCAAGAAUCUCGCGGCUCCGGAUUACGAGAGCCGGUACAAAGAGCUACGAGAACAGGUUGCGGGGUUCAAGUGUCUUGCCUGCAAGGAUUUUGUUAAACACUUUGCGAUGAUUCACGAAGAGUCACUGCUGAAGCAAAAUAUUCUUGAGCUCAAGCAAGCGAUUUCGGACCAAAAUUUGGAACUACUGCCGGAAUACGAGCAGCGAAUUGAGGUUCUCAAAGAUCUCGGGUUUAUUGACGAUGGUCUGAAUGUCGAGCUGAAGGGACGCGUGGCUUGCGAUAUCAACUCUGGCCACGAGCUGAUUAUCACGGAGCUUAUUCUGGAGAAUUUCCUGGCUGACUACGAGCCUGAGGAGAUCGUUGCUCUUCUAUCAUGCUUUGUUUUCCAGGAAAAAUCUGCGACGACUGAGACCACAAUCACGCCUCGCUUGGACGAGGGUAAGGCGAAGAUCCUAGAGAUAGCCACGCGGGUGAACGAGGUGCAGGAGGCACAUCAGGUAGUGAUCCCCGAGGAGAUGGUCUUUGAUCCGCAGAAUGCUCAGCAGCGGUUCGGACUGAUGGAAGUUGUGUACGAAUGGGCGCGCGGCAUGCCGUUUAGCCAGAUCAUAGGUUUGACAGACGUGCUUGAGGGAACGAUCGUGCAUGCAAUCACGCGGUUGGACGAGGUUUGUCGAGAAGUGAAGACGGCGGCGAGGAUCAUUGGCGACCCGUCUUUGCACGCGAAGAUGGAACUCUCGCAGGAGAAAAUCAAGCGGGACAUUGUAUUUUGCACGAGUCUGUACUUGUGA